GGCGUUGCCACAGCAGCAUCAGCGGCGGCGGGGCCGGUGGCGGCGGGAGGGGCGCGCAAUGGAGGGGCUGGAAGGUGAGGUUACUGUGCAAGCUGGAGAUUUGUUGCCAUGCAAGAUUUGUGGAAGAACUUUCUUUCCUGCAGCACUGAAAAAGCAUGGACCCAUUUGCCAAAAAACUUCUGCCAAGAAAAGGAAGACAUUUGAUUCCAGCCGUCAGAGAGCAGAAGGCACUGACAUUCCCACAGUGAAGCCUCUUAAGCCACGGCCAGAACCACCCAAAAAACCUUCUAAUUGGAGACGAAAGCACGAGGAGUUUAUAGCAACUAUACGAGCAGCCAAAGGACUUAACCUUAAAGAUGGUGGGAAACUCCCUCCACCACCGCCACCAUCCUAUGACCCUGAUUACAUUCAGUGUCCUUAUUGCCAGAGGAGAUUCAAUGAAAAUGCAGCUGACAGACACAUCAAUUUCUGUAAGGAGCAAGCAGCACGGAUUACUAACAAAGGGAAAUUGGCAGUUGAUCCCAAAGGGAAGCUUCCUACUCGAACACAGUACAAACCUGCUGCAGUUAAGAAGAUGCCUUCUGUAGGAUCAGCACCACCACCACCAUCAUCAUCGCGCUUACCACAGCCAAGUGGUGUUAGCAAAACCGGUGUAGGCGCCUCUUCAAACAAAGCCCUGCCUUCGUCUGGAUCCAGUGGGAGCAAAAUUCAAUCAUUAUCCCCAGCUCAUAAAAACUCAUUGGGAAUGGUGAACCCACAAGCAGGAGGCCCAACAAAACCACGGACAUCAACCCCUCCUAGUGUGGCAAGAACCAUGAGCACAGGUGCUCUAACAAACAAAAGGAAAACCAGCAAUUCAGAAAUUUACUCAAGGUCUGACAGUAGAACUGUGCAUGACGGUGGAGACCACCCAUCCUCAGUCAAUGGAGGAAGUUCCAAAAGCAGCGAAGGAAACUUACCUGUACAGUUCUCAAAGUUCUGCCACGAAUGUGGGACGAGGUAUCCGGUGGAGUGGGCCAAGUUUUGCUGUGAGUGUGGAAUUCGAAGGAUUGCUGUGUGAACAGCUUCUGGCCAGCAGAAAGAAAACGAGAAGCUGGAAGCAUCUGCUGUGUCCUGCUGCAUAGAAAGCUAGAGCACCCCUCCUUCCACUUAAGACUUCGUGCUGCAAACACAUUGAAAUAUCACCUUGUCAUUUUCUGAGUGCAAUCUUCUGGUUACACAGUUAUUUAUAAACAAAUACAUAGACUGUGUGUAUAAGAAACAGCAGACACCUAAAACUGUGCCACCCAAGGAAAUACUCUUUAAUAUCUCUUGGAAAUCUGUAAAAUUAAGGUAAAAAUGUGUUAUGUAACUUAGGCAGGAGAAGUGGGUUACUGUUCUUUUUCUUGUCAAUUCUACUAGCUAAAGAAUAAUCACUUAUGCAGGAUAAUACUGAUCCAUAGGGAAUUAGCCAUGAAGAACUUGAGCUUCAGAAGUUUCUCUGUGGAUGUGUUUCCUUCAUAUGUGACAGUAAUUUAGAUGCUGUGUUCAAAGUGAAAAGAACACAAGCAACUCCUUAUAAAUUCCCAGUUAAAAGUGCAUAGAGUCUUGCAUCCUUUGUUAAACAGUUUAACAGUGAUAUCCUAAUUGGACUUUCCAGUUGCUUCCUAGGAUGUUUUUUAAGGAGUCAAAUUGGAAAAACUGAGAACACUGUUCCCACUCAAGAAGAAGAGUUAAGACUUUUGUUUGUGCUUCUCCUUUCCCAUAAGAACAUGUUAAUAUUUUUAUGUAUUUAUGAGGGCAAAUAUGAUAUUGUCAUUUUAUGAAGUUCCUUUUGCUCAGAAAGUCUUGUAUUCCUCCUCCUGUUCUCCACCAUGACUAGCAUAUCUAAAGGUUUUGUGCUUUAAAAGUUUCCAAAGGUCCUACUCCUUUUUUCUCUCUUCCCUCAUUUCCUGAAGGAGAGACAGUCUCUGCCUAUCCUGCUUAAAUUUCCAACUCCUGUUUUGAAAACAGCCUCUUGAUGGAUCAAAUAGGGGGAAAAAAAAGGUUGAUAUAAAUGUAUGUUAUUAGAGCAAUAGACCUUGAAGUAAGUAGCAGCUCUUUUUUCUUCUUACUCUUGUGCAAAUAGCACAGCUUGCAUAAAAGUGCAUCACAGAGUAGCUGUGCUCCAUAGGUUAGGUGUUAAUACCUCACACGGUCUGCUGGCAGUUCUGUGCAUUCUUGGGCUCUUGAAGUCAGUGACAGACUUGACAUUCAUUUGUUGGGAAGAAAGUUCAAGCCCUGGAAGCUGGGGUUGUAUUGAUAAAUUUCACAGGAGAUUAAAACCAUUCACAAGCCCAAUCGUUUGCAGCUGAAUGCAGGCAUUUGUUUUGCUUUGGAGCACUGGCACCAUGUAGCUGAAAGACCUCAAUUGACACAAUCUGAAAGAACUUAAUUGUGCCUUUCCCACAGCAAAUACACUCUGUGUCUGGAACGGUUACUGUCAGCUCACAGGCACCACUAGUAGUAAUUAACAUAAUUAAUAUGUUCCUUAAUAGCAUUGUGAUCCUUGUUUGCAUCUCAGAACUUGUGAUUACCACCCAGAGGGCCAAUUUUGAAGAAAGCAUGAUUGAAGUAAAGCAUCUCUAAAGCAGGGACCAGGCAUGGAGGGUGAGAGGUUUAAGAGACUUGAUGUAGUCAAGUUGCAGGCCACAAACUAUUGAUGUGUUAGAAUUAGCUCAGUGGUGUGGAAUUGUCAUGUGCUUCCCAUACAAAGUUAUUUUAAAGCAUUAUCCUUCAUCUGAUGUAGUCUUGUGCUACUCUGAGUUGUGUAAACUGGCUGCCGAGCGUGGUGGGGUGGCUCGCUGGUGAUGAUAGAACUGACAAAUAUUACCCAAGUUAUCUUCCAGGUAGUUUAGGUUUUAGGAUCUCUAGUUUGUCAUCUUCAUCUCUGUACAUGGAAAAAUGGGAAUCCUCUGUCUC